CAAGCGUAUUCGUUGCGUGAGAGACAUUACGAGUAACAUUGCGUGCGCGUGCUACCACCGGAAUACGCGUUCAUCAGCUAAGUGCACCCAGUGUCUCCUCUCUGGGAUAACUGGUGCACGAUUUGUUUUAGCAAAUGAAGAGGAAAUGGGCUCCGUCAAAUUCGCUUAAUUUCAGUCUCUUUCAUACGUGUCUAUGUUCUAGACAAUGUCAUCAUUUGCAUAUUCAUAUAUGCCUUGCUUUACAUCGCACUUUGGUAUGCUAACAAAGUGAUUCAGAGAAUUAAAAAAUCCAAUGAAGAUCUAUCGGUCAUCCUUAAAGAGAAUCAAAUGAAACUGGAUGAUCUCAUUACGUUAAAGAAAAAGAAGACCGAGUAUGAAGAAAUUAUAGUGAAGGCGAAAGGUACGCAAAAGGUGACUACUGAACAAUUGGAAAGCGAGAUGAAGAAGCUCAGUACGGAAUUAUUGGCAGCCACGUAUAAGAUGAACGAAUUAGAGAAAGUCGUCGAAAAAUGCGAGCGCACGCAGAGAUGCUGCAUUCUGUCGACUGACGUCGGAAUUCGAGAAAUUGAAAAUGGCGAAGAAGACGAGGCAAUGGGUGAACCAUUCGGGAGAAUCAAAAUUCUCGAACCCUCUUUCCCACCAACCAUGCCACCCGAACCCCCACCUAGAAAGUAUGGGAUCUUUGCUAGUCGACCAUUCAGUGGACCAACUCCUGAAAUCACAAUCGCAGCGCAAAAUAAAAUCGGAUUCAAAUAAUGGUGUUUUAUUCGGUGAAAUUUAUCCGUCAACAAAAUCGUCUCAACGUUCUCUCUCACAUAGUAAUUUAUUUAAAAAAAAUAAAAAGAAACAAGUGUAAUCAUUUGCAUUU